GUCUCGAACUGUGGCCCUGUUGGGUGUGUGAUUCGCGAAAUCUUAAAGAUGCGUUUAAUGAAAAGUAUAUCUCGAAAAAACUACGACGACCAGUCGGCACCGAGCUCUGUGCAAUCCGUCGACAGUUAUGAAGUGUUCGGCAGUGCCUGCUCUGACUUUUCUGAUUGUGAAUAUUGUGAUGACAGAAGAAGAUAUAAACACAUAUACCACUCUCCAAGCACCAGCACGAGUCCAAGUUACCUCAGCGCCAUGAGUCGCUUGGAGGCGGCGCCGUUGUUGGGUACUUCCACGCCCACGCUGUACAAAACUAUAGGCACGGCCUCUGCGGAUUCUUUGGGCCCAGCGGAUCUCUCUGCGAGUGCCAUACUAGCCACAUACAAUAAGAGAUUUGAACCUUCAAUAAAAAUGGAAAAGAAGAAACAGAACUCGCUCAUCACAAUUUUCUCAGUAUGGAACACGAUAAUGGGCUCAUCCUUGCUGACGAUGGCGUGGGGUGUGGAGCAGGCGGGUCUGCCUGCUGCACUCGUGUUGGUCGCAUUCAUGGCCGCGCUGUGUCUCUACACUGCCUAUGUCCUGCUCAGAGUCAAUGCGCAUCACGGUAGCGACACAUGCUCAGUGCCGGACCUGUGCCGCUCGUUGCUGGGCGGCUGGGCGGAGGUGCUGGCGCACGGGUUCAGCCUGCUGGUGCUGCUUGGAGCCAACAUCGUCUACUGGAUACUCAUCACCAACUUCCUUUACUUCACUGUCAAUUAUUUCAUUGAUCUCCACUCAUCAAACACGACAGAGUACAACUCGACGCUGCUCUGCCCGAACGCGGUGAACGAAUCGCUGCUGAUCCCGCGGGCGGCGGCGCCGGAGUCUCCGUACUGGGGGCUGCACACCACCGCGCCGCUCUACGUCGCGAUUAUCGUCUUCCCGCUGCUUAACUUUAGGAACGUCUCGUUCUUCACCAAGUUCAAUUCGCUAGGCACACUAUCCGUCCUCUAUCUAUUGAUCUUCGUCAUCGUGAAGGGUUACGCCUGGGGCAUCAACGUGGGCACCGCGUGGACCGAGACCCGCGCCUUCAAGAACGCUGCCGUGCUCAGCGGCAUGCUGGCGCUGUCCUUCUACAUACACAACAUUAUCAUCGACAUCAUGAGGAAUAAUUCCAGACAAGAUAAAAAUGGCAGAGAUCUCACAAUAGCGUUUCUACUAGUCACGAUAACGUAUACCAUGGUUGGCGCGGUGUUUUACAUCUGCUUUCCGCUCGCCAAGUCUUGUAUUGAAGAUAACAUUUUAAACAAUUUCGAAAUGCACGACAUCAUGACAGCCGUUGCGCGAGUUUUGUUGUUGUUUCAAGUGGUUACCGUAUACCCAUUAGUGGCGUACAUGCUGCGUACAGAGACCAUGCUGCUCCUUUCGCUGCAGGAGACGCGCUGCUACACCAUGACCAUCAAUGUCACCAUCGUCAUCAUGUGCGUGCUGGUCGCGUGCUUCUGUCCCAACGUUGGGACUAUUAUAAGAUACACGGGAGCCAUAAGCGGUCUCGUCCAUGUGUUCGCGCUCCCCUCUCUACUACAAGUGCGGUCGCUACAGCUGCGCGGGAGGCUGACGUGGUGGAAAAGCCUUUUCUACUUCCUUAUAGUGGUCUUUGGGACUGUCAACUUACUUAUGCAGUUUUUUAUUACUGAGUAAAUACCUUUCUAGGUCAGGGGUUCCCCUGUCCCCGAUUUGAUGUAAAUAGAAUGAGACCGUAUACCUCUUGGUAGGUCAGGGGCGGAUUUGAGAUUACAGUGUGGGGGUACUUUAUUUGUGUGCAGAUAUAAUGCAUUUUGGUUAUAUUUGGGUUUAUUUGAUGGGAACUAUGUAUUUUCUUGAGCCAGGAUGAUUACAGUGGUAAUUCCCUGAGCACAAAGACAUAAUUAAUCUGCCUUGUAAAAGUACCUAUAUUGUUUAGUAAAAGUCUAUCAGAGACAACUUAGGAGACAUUUUUCUCUUACUGAAUUAAUGGUUUUUGUAAUAUAUAUUUUAGAGACUGCAAAAUCCAAUGUAACUGCAAAUUAUUGCCCCACGAACAAAAAAAGGUUAUCGCGAAGUUUAAUACCACUUUUCGAUUUUUGAGACGAUCACACAUUACUGUGUUCGUUGAUAGAUAGACAUUCCAUAUUAAUGCAUUUGGCCUUUGUCUGCUUACGUUUAUUGGAGGCUGACUGUACGUAAGAUGUAAAAUGUCACUCAAAAAAGUAAUUGAAUCCGCCCCCGGCUUUAACUAUACACUAUAGCAAUAACUUUAUUGAUCAGAGCUGUAUAGACUAUUAGGUUCCAGAUAAUUUCUAGAUUACGAAAUUCAGUAUACGAAUUGCAA